AUGGACUCUAUGACAGACAAAGGUAUAGGUAACACCGUUGAUCAAAAACAUUAUUUUCUUCCUUGUCUCAAAUUGAAUGAUCAAAAGUCUUACUAUGUGGCAGAGCUUGAUGGACUAAAUCCAGAGUUAACGAGUAUGGCGCGGAAGAUGGAGAUAGCCAGAGCAUCGAGACAGGACGUGAAACAAGUUAGUGAGAUGAUCAAAGAGUACUUGAGACUAGAGCGAGUAUGGAGACAUGUACAAAUAUUGAUGAGUGAUACGAAGAUGAUGGACAUGUCUGCUCUGUUUUGGAACGAGCUCACAACUUCUUUUAACAUAGAGAUUGUCCCGAAGGCCGAGAACACCCGGCCUAAUAGCAGCAGCGAUGAAUACACGUUGAGAAAAAUGUUUGGAUUUUACAAAGGACAUGUCUACAAGAUGUUUUCUAGACUUCCAUUGUACAAGAGAAAGCUAAAUCCCGAGAAGAUCAGGCAGUACAAUACGAUAAUGGACUAUAUGACAGACAAAGAGCUUGAUGACCAAAAACCAGUAGAGAACAUAGGUGAGCCGCGGACUCUGGAUAUAUUGAGAGAAUCCAAAAUAGGCGUGAUACCUUUUUUCGAAAUGCUGAGCGAGUUCCUAAGAUUAGAGAGAGUGUGGAGAGAUGUUGAGAAAUUGAUGAGCAAUACAAAGCUCAUGGACAUGUCUGCUCUGUUUUGGAAUGAGAUUGCAACUACUCUCGACGCAGAUAUUGUCCCGGAGGUCGAGAAUAUUCCUCCCCGCAUGAGCAUUCCAUGA